AUGGAGAAACAAUUUGAAGAAAAAAGAAAAAAUGAUAGCUUAAAAAAAUUAACUAUAGUAAAAAUUUCCUCGAUCAUUGAAGGUGGAAAUAUAUCAAAUUGCAAGGAACUAAUUCUGAAAAAUAAGGAUAUAGAAGAUUGCGAAGAAUUAUAUCAAAUGAAAAAUUUAAGCAAAGUUGAUUUAAGUCAAAAUAAAAUAAAAGAUUUGAGAAUGGUUGAAAUGAAUUUUAAUUUGCAGCAAAUUAUAUUACAAAACAAUUUAAUAGAUAAUAUAAAUUACAUAAAUAAUUUAAAUAAUUUGGUAUAUUUAAAUUUAUCAAAUAAUAAAAUUAAAAUUAUAGAUGAUGUAUGCUUAUUAAAGAAUUUAAAAACAUUAAUAUUAGCAUAUAAUGAAAUAGAAAAGGUUCCAAAUUUGGCGAGUUUGAAAAAUUUAGAAACAUUAAUUCUUAAAAAUAAUUCUAUUGAAACCUUUGUUAAACCAACGAAACCAAUGAUAAACUUAAAAAAAAUUUCUCUCUCUUUCAAUAAAAUUAGACAGUUUUGUUUUAGUUUUCAUUUUUCUAAUGUCCAAGAAUUAAGAUUAAAUAAUAAUAAGUUGAUAAAUAUUGAAAAGGAUAUAAUAUAUUUGACAUCCUUAAGGCAGUUAUAUGUACAUAAUAACUUUAUUAUGAAGGAAGAUUUUUUAAAUUAUUUAAAAGAAUUAAACAAUUUAAAAAAUAUUGUUAUAUCAAAUAACCCGUUUUUUAAAAAAAUGAAUAUAUAUCAGUUAAAUAAUUUUAUUCAAAAUACAAGAAACUUAACUACUAUUAACUCUGUAAAUAUUCCACCAAACAGAAUAUUCGAGCAUUUCUCCUUUGACUUUUCAGACCAUGUACCUCCCAACCUGAAUAGGCAUGGUGAUGAUACCAAAGUGUCAAAAGAAAAAUCUGAAAUAAAAAGAAAAAAGGAAGUUCAAGUGAAUAGAAGAAAAAUGCACAUUCAUAAAACAGAUAAGAGGAAAAAAAAAAAAAAAAAAGAACUCAUAAUAGCGUGA